UGUAGUAGCACUCAAACCAAUUCACCGCGCCGACUGUGUAGCGCAUCGUCCUUUCAAUAGGGACGCGUUUCACCUGGAUUAUCACCCGGUGGUUUCAUACAGCUUUUGUUAGCUAAAAUCGACUUGCUUUUCUUUUUAUCAUGCAACUUUUUACUUGAGCGGGGCCAGAAAAUCGUCUUUGUCGUAUUUAUUGUGAGAAAAGUAGUUUAAUUUCAAGGCACGACUUUAAUGCCAAACUCUGCAACAAUGAACAAAAACGGAAUGAUGACACAAGUCCACACCAGGAUAAGAAAAGAUCCAUUCACAGGCAGUUAUGAGCUGGUAGGGAAAGAACUUGGCAGGGGAAAGUUUGCAGUUGUAAAGAAGUGCAUUGAGAAGGCUUCAGGAAAUCACUAUGCUGCCAAGUUCCUGCGAAAGCGACGGAAGGGAGCGGACUGCCGCAUGGACAUCUUGAAUGAGAUUGCUGUGUUGGAGUCAGCUAAGGCAAACCCCUAUGUGGUGGCACUGCAUGAGGUCUAUGAAACAAACUCUGAAAUCAUCCUUGUUUUGGAGUGUGCUGCUGGUGGUGAAAUCUUCGAUCAAUGCGUGGCCGAUAACGACGAUGCUUUCACAGAGAAAGAUGUGAUACGACUGGCUAAGCAGAUCCUGAAUGGAGUAGCCUUCCUGCACCGAAACAAUGUGGUCCAUCUGGAUCUGAAACCCCAGAACAUCUUGUUGACCAGUGCCAGGCCUCUUGGAGACAUUCGAAUUGUGGACUUUGGCUUGUCCAGACACAUGGACAACAUCACAGAAGUCAGGGAGAUCCUGGGUACCCCAGAAUACGUGGCACCAGAGAUACUGAACUAUGAACCCAUUAGCACGGCUACAGACAUGUGGAGCAUCGGGGUCCUGACCUACGUCAUGCUGACCGGAGAGUCUCCGUUUCUGGGUGAUGACAAACAGGAGACAUUCCUUAACAUCUCCCAGGUCAAUGUGGACUACUCACAAGACACAUUUGAAGGCAUCUCCUCCCUGGCUGUUGACUUUAUCAAGUCCUUGUUGGUAAAAAACCCCAGGAAGAGAGCCACGGCAGAGGAAUGCCUCAAUCACCCCUGGCUGAACUCCCAUCCUCACUCCCAACCGCACCUCCACAUGAGGUCGGCCUCCUCUUUGGACGAACCAGAGAUGAGCCAGUCGGAGUCGGAGCCUGAGAGCCCAGCUCCAUCUCCCGAUCUGGACUUGAUUGGGUCAUACCUCAUGUGCCCGGGGCAGGGUGAGCUGAAGGCGGGUCGUGAUGCCUUCUCUUUCAGCGAGCCCCCAUUCCCCACGCGAACUGAAAUACAGCAGGAGCUAAUCUGCUGAUCAAUUUUUCUAAAGCGGGGAGAGACUUGAUGAUUUCGUACUCCACGGAGCAGACGCUGGAAGCCAGUGACUCUGCAGCUUCUUGGUCUCUUUCUGAACCAGGACCAUGCUCUAUGGCUGCUGUAUGCUUGGUUGCCUCUACUGCUGUGAUGUUUGUGAGCUGAGAUGCAAGUGGUUUCAAACCUCUGGGUGUUUGUGGGACUGUCUUUGAAUUAUCCUCUGUGCUGAUUGUAGGAAUUGCACAGGAGAAAUAUGGGAGGGAUAGCUGAGAAGGGAGCGGGAGAAGACAUGCAAGGACUUUGUCGCACGACUGAACUGCUGCCUUAAAAGUGACAGAACUGAACUGGACUCGGCUUAAGACCUUGUUCAAUCCUGCACUGGCUUCUUUUUUACCCAUUUAGCCUUUUGGACUGGGAAACAAGAGGAGAAGAGUUUCGUUCAAAAUGGCUUUGUUUAACACAGGAAUUGUAACAGAGCGGAGUCCCUAUGCUGAAGCCAGAGGUUAAAUGUUUCACUGUUUUAUGUUUAUUUAUGUGUGUUAUAUCACCUCAACCCCUUAAGCAUUCAAAGCCACAUAAAUGCCUGAGUUUAAGAUUGAUGUUGUAGCAUUCUCAUGUUUAUGAACAAUUUCGAGCACUUUUUUUUUUAUUGUUUUUGGACUUUGGUAUAAAAAAACCAGAGGCUCAUCUAGCGUAGUCAUUUGGCACACGAUGUACUGUACAUAUUAACUAUUUUACAUCACCCGAUGUUUUCGUCACCUGACCUUUGAAUUAUAAAGUGCCACUUUUUUGACCUCACUUCUGUGUUCAAAUACAAACUGUUAAUUUGUUCAUUUUUAAUGUUUUUCUUUUUGUUAUUGUUGUUUUUGGCUAUUGCACAAGUUGCACAAUAUGUUUUGUACUUAACUGCAAAGUUGCCUCCAGAUUUUUUGCUCCUGAUGUAUGUAAGAGGGAACUGUGAGGUUGAAACAGAAUAUCAUGGUUGACUGAUGGCCCAGAAAUGUAUCAAUGUGACUUGCCUUCAGAUUUUCGGGAGCAGAGAAAUUGGAAAGAUUUCUCAUAAAUACUGAAAUGUAUAUUGUGAUUUGGCUUCAUCUGUAAAAUAUAGUUUUGUUUUGUUUAUUUUUUUAUAACGAGUGUAAGAGUGUUAACAAAUUCUUACAUCAAGUCUUACUUAUUUUCUUUAUUAACUUUUACUUAUUCCUGUUGUAUUCUGCUCUUGAAUUUCAGGAAGGUUUGCACUUGUCCUUGUGGACAUUGUUAAAAUAAAUACAUCCUAAUGGCAUGCAUUGCAAAAACAUAACUAAGAAAAAUACAUGUGCUUUUGUA